CGGUCCCCCAUCGCGGCGCCGCGGACGGAGCCAUGGCCAGCGUCCACGAGAGCCUUUACUUCAACCCCAUGAUGACCAACGGCGUGGUGCACGCCAACGUCUUCGGCAUCAAGGACUGGGUCACCCCCUACAAGAUGGCCCUGCUGGUGCUGAUCCGGGAGCUGGGCCACGCCGGGCCGCAACUCAGCCUGCUGGACAGGCGGCGUCUCAACCGGCUUCUGUUGCCUCUCUUGCAGGGUCCUGAUAUGACACUGUCCCGUUUGAAUCAAGCUAUUGAUGAAUGCUGCCCCGAAAUAGCAAAUUUUGUUCAAACAAGGAUUAAAAUGAUGGCAGAAGGUGAAUUGAAAGAUAUGGAACAAUUCUUUGACGAUCUUUCAGACUCGUUCAGUGGAACCGAACCAGAAGUUCACAAAACAAGUGUUGUGGGCUUGUUUCUGCGCCACAUGAUCCUGGCCUAUAAUAAGCUCUCAUUCAGCCAAGUCUACAAGCUUUACACGGCUCUCCAGCAGUUCUUCCAAAACGAAGAGAAGAAAGGCAGGGGUGAUGAGAACGAAAUGGAGCUGACACGCGGCGGAGAACCGGACGACGAAAUGGAGAGAAAAGAACUUGACGGGCCAUUCAG